AUGUUCUUCAACGACAAGGCGCCGUCGGCGCUGCUGGUCUCGCUCCUCGCGGCGGCCGGCCCCCAACUCGCUUCGGCAUUCUACCUCCCUGGCGUGGCCCCGACCUCGUACAGGCCCGGCGAUCAGGUGCCCCUCUACGUCAACAGCAUCAGGCCCGUGGCGUCGCCGCAGGACUCGCGUCUGCACUCGGUCGUGUCGUACGACUACUACCACCCGGCCUUCAAGUUCUGCCAGCCCGAGAAUGGCCCCGAAUACGUGUCCGAGAGCCUGGGCAGCAUCCUGUUUGGCGACCGCAUCAUGACGUCGCCCUUUGACCUCAAGAUGGCCCAGAACGAGACGUGCAAGCCCCUGUGCUCCGUCAGCUACGACGCCGAGGAGACCAACUUCGUCAAGCAGAUGGUCGAGCAGGGCUACAGCCUCAACUGGCUCGUCGACGGCCUCCCCGCCGGCCAGCAGAUAGAGGACCAGCUGACGGGCGCCACCUUCUACAGCCCCGGCUUCCUCAUGGGUCAGGACGACGAUGCCGACAAUGUCGUCUUCAACAACCACUACGAGAUCUGGGUCGAGUACCACCUCGUCAACCGCGACGCUGACCAGCUGCGCGUCGUCGGCGUCAUCGUCCAGCCCGCCUCCAAGGCUUACCCCGGCGAUGCCGACUGCUCCGACAACGUGGCCAGCGUCGUCCUCGCCGACGACGGCAAGUCCACCGAGGUCAAGUUCAGCUACAGCGUCUACUGGCACCGCUCCGAGACGGCCUGGGCCACGCGCUGGGACAAGUACCUGCACGUCUUCGACCCCAAGAUCCACUGGUUCUGGCUCAUCGACACGGCCAUCAUUGUCGUCAUCCUCGUCAUGACCGUCAUGUCCAUCCUCGUCCGCACCCUCAAGAGGGAUAUCGCGCGCUACAACCGUCUCGACCAGAUCAACCUCGACGACCUCAACGGCACCUCUGCCCUCGAGGAGGAGGGCGUGCAGGAGGACUCGGGCUGGAAGCUGGUGCACGGCGACGUCUUCCGCACCCCGUCGCGACCCCUGCUUCUGUCGGUCCUGCUCGGGAACGGAUCGCAGCUCCUGGUCAUGACGGGCUCCACCAUCAUCUUUGCGCUCCUGGGCUUCCUGUCGCCCUCGAACCGCGGCUCGCUCGGCACCAUCAUGGUGCUGCUGUACACGGUGCUCAGCUUCGUCGGAGGCUACGUCUCGGCCCGCGUCUACAAGUCCUUCCAGGGCGACCAGUGGAAGCUCAACAUUGCCAUGACGCCCCUGCUCAUCCCGGGCAUCGUCUUCUCGGCCUUCUUCUUCCUCAACCUGUUCCUGUGGGCCAAGCAGUCGUCCGGCGCCGUGCCCUUCACCACCAUGCUCGUCAUCAUCGGCAUCUGGUUCAUCAUCUCCAUCCCGCUGUCCUUUGCCGGAUCGUGGCUGGGCUUCCGCGCCGUCCCCAUCGAGCCCCCCGUUCGCACCAACCAGAUCCCCCGCCAGAUCCCCCCCGUCACCACCUACCUCAAGCCCGUCCCCAGCGUACUCAUCGUCGGCCUGCUGCCCUUUGGCGCCAUCUUUGUCGAGCUCUACUUCAUCAUGAGCUCCAUCUGGUUCAGCCGCAUCUACUACAUGUUCGGAUUCCUCUUCCUCUGCUACGUCCUCAUGAUCAUGGUGUGUGCCAGCGUCACCAUCCUCAUGACCUACUUUCUCCUGUGCGCCGAGAACUACAACUGGCAGUGGAGGUCGUUCAUCGCCGCCGGGAUGAGCGGAGGCUACAUCUUCCUCAACUGUCUGCUCUACCUCAUCACCAAGGUCAAGCUCGGCGGUCUGGCCGGCACGGUUCUGUACGUCGGAUACAGCGCCCUUAUUUCGCUGCUCUUCUUCGUCCUUGCUGGUACUAUUGGAUACCUUGCUAGCUGGUGGUUCGUCCAGAGGAUCUACAAGUCUAUCAAGAUUGACUAA